AUGGCUGCUUUGGAAGCAGCUGCACAGGUAAAGAUGCAAGCUGCUGUAGAGGAGAGGUCAUUGAAGCAAAGUGGGAGGUUUCGAUUGGUGGCUGACCCCAGCAUCCCAGUGACUGCAAUCCAAGGUGCCCUCACAGGGUUCUUGCAGUUCAAGCAGAAGAAGGAUCUAUGGAGUUUGAUCUGCCCACCCCCCACUGGCCCUAUGUCCUAUGGAUGGCACACAGCUCCUCAUGGAGAGUGGUUGUCCAAAGUUGCCGGUUUGCUUUUUGACUUGGUGAAAGUGUGUCCAAACACAAAGCUCACUCCUACCAAGUUGAGUGCGACCCUCAGGGCAAUGAAUACAAACAGGGACUUAGAGUUUUCUUCAAUGCCCAAAGGGAGAAAUGGCACAGGUGCAUGUCCAACUGCGUGA